UUCAGUUUGCAAGAUUCAUUGCAAGACUAUGCAUCUACUAGGUAUCUCAAUACCUUUGCUCUACAUAUUGCUAUGGAUCCACAUAUCAUUGGGUGCUGAGUUCUUCAGCAUGAUGGCUCCAAACAUCCUAAGAGUUGGCAAUGAGGAGACAAUUGUCAUACAGGCGCAUGGAUAUAAAAAGCAUAUUCCUCUUCAAGUCACUGUGCAAUCCUUUCCCAGGAAAGACAUACAACUCUUUAAAACAACCACCCAUCUUAAUGAGUCCAACAACUAUUUGGCAACAGCACAUAUCAAAGUUCCUUCUAGCUACAUCUCUAAACAAAGUGACAAGCAAUACGUGUACGUUCAAGUCCAAUCUCAGUCUGUGAUGGAACUAGAAAAGGCCAUCCUUGUGUCUCCCCACUCUGGAUAUCUCUUCAUACAGACGGACAAGACCAUAUACACCCCAAAUCAGAAUGUUAACUACAGAAUUUUCUCCACUGAUACACACUUGGAACCUACACAAAGAUUUGUCAUAGUUUCAAUACAGAAUCCUGAAGGCAUCACUGUUUUCGAAAGCAAAAGACAUAUUAAUGACGGUUUUGAGAGAUUUUCGUUCAAGAUCCCCGAAUUAGUAACAGUUGGUAUCUGGAAAAUUGUGGCAGCAUUCCAGGAUGCACCCAAAGAGGAGUAUACAGCCCAAUUUGAAGUGAGAGAAUACGUGCUGCCAGACUUCAGUGUUGAACUCCAAACAGACACAAGUUUCUUUUAUUAUAAAAAUGAAGAGCUGGUUGUCAACAUUAAAGCUAGUUAUCUAUAUGGGGAAAACGUAAAUGGAUAUGCAGUAGCACUAUUUGGCUUGUAUAAGGAUUUUAUGACAGUUCUGCAAAAAUCCCUGCAGAUUGUACAGAUUGAAGAUGGUAAAGGGAAGGUCAUUCUCAAGAAAAGUAUUUUGGAAAGUAUAGGCAGCAUGAAUGAGCAUCUGGGUUCCUUCAUCUAUGUGAAUGUAACAGUCUUCUCAUCUGGUGGGGAUUAUGUCCAGACACACAAAACAGGCAUCAAAAUUGUCUCUUCACCAUAUAGUAUUGCAUUUACCAAAACAUCUCGCUACUUUAAACCUGGCAUGCCUUUCAGAUUUACAGUUUCUGUUACUAAUCCUGACAUGACACCAGCAAAUAAAAUUACUGUGUCUUGUAAAGACGGGAAAGGGACUACAUCUGAAGAUGGACUGGCAAUGUUAUCGAUCAACACAGAGGGCAACAGUAAAGAACUUGUUGUUGAUGUCUCUACAGCAGUGGAUGGACUACAUGGUGAGCAAGCCAAGGCAAGAAUGAUAGCUAAAGCAUACGAGCCGGCAAAACCAUUCCACAACUUCCUCCAUAUUGAUGUUAGAACAAUAGAUGUCGGUACAGAUCUUGAUGUCAAUCUACAUAUAAAAAGUACCAGCGAUGAGAUAAGGAAGGAAAUUAAAUAUGUCACUAUCCUGGUUAUGAGCAGGGGAAAAAUUCUGCAGACAAAGAUUGAGAACAAGACUGACCAAACGGUCACUGCUGUAAGAAUUAAUGUAUCUCCUGACAUGCUGCCAUCCUUCAGAAUUGUGGCGUACUACUACCUAUCCUAUAACCAACCGAAUUAUAUUGAAAUAGUCUCCGAUUCCAUACAGAUGCGUAUGAGGAGAUCAUGUAAAGGAACUCUAAACAUUAUAUCUAAGGAGAACAGUCCCACAUACAGUCCCAAAGACACGGCAUCCUUUUCUUUGACAGGUGACCCAGGGGCGACAAUCGGUUUGGCUGUCGUGGACAAGGCUGUGUUUACCUUAAAUAACAAGUAUAAGUUCACCCAGGACAAGAUAUGGGAUGCUGUGGAAUCGAAAGAUAUUGGAUGCACUGCUGGCAGUGGAGCAAAUGCUUUAAGUGUCUUUCAGGAUGCAGGACUGGAUUUCACAACCACCACUGGAAUCGAGACACCUGCUAGAAAAGAUUUUAAUUGUUCUUUAGAACAACUUGGCAGAAGUCGUAGGUCAAUAAUGAUAUUUGAAGCAAAGCGAAAAAAAGCUAAUGAAUCCCCUGCUCAUCUGAGACCAUGCUGUUUGGCUGGGAUGCAAGAUAGCCCUAUGGCCCUGUCCUGUAUAAAGAGAAAAGACCAUGUUCGCAUGGAGAAGGAGUGUGUAGAUUUGUUUUUUGAGUGCUGCCAACAUGCCGAAGAACUGAGAGCUCAACAUAGUGAAGACUUAGAAUCAGCAAGAUUCGAUGAUUCAGAAUGUGAGGACUGCAUACCUGAUGAUGAUGUUGAACUGAGGAGUUUUUUCCCUGAAAGUUUUUACUUUGAAACGGUGAAACUCAAAUCCUCAGAUGAAAGUACAACUUUCUCCCUAGGAAUACCAGACUCCAUCACCAGCUGGGUAUUACAAGGAGUUAGCAUCAGCAAAAACAAAGGCAUCUGUGUAUCAAAACCGUACGAGAUUGUUGUAUAUAAGAGCUUCUUUGUUGACCUGAAGUUGCCCUACAGUGCAGUAAGAAAUGAGCAAGUUCAGAUUCGGGCAGUUGUCUACAACUAUGAGCAAAGGACACUCACAGUGAGGGUUAGAUUUCCCUAUGUUGAGAAUACAUGUAGUCUGGCCACUAAAACCUCUGCAUAUCAGGAAACGGUGAUGAUACCUGCAAAAUCUUCCAGAGCAGUGAAAUAUGUUGUAAUCCCUUUAAAAGAGACCGUAAAUAUUGAAGUCAUUGUUCAAGAACGUAGCAGGGGUAUAUCUGACAGAGUGAGGAAAACACUCAGAGUGCAGCCUGAAGGGAAGAUUAACAGAAUAAAACGACACAGCGAAAUACUGAAUCCUGAAGGAGGCAGCAAGCUGAUAUAUAUUCCUAAGACACCGUUAACUAGAAUGGUGCCUGACAGUGAAGCCAGCAACUUUAUAAGCAUACAAGGAGACAUCAUGGCAGAGACUUUUUUGGGCACUUUAGACGAUACUUUUCUGGGAAAACUAAUUUACGUUCCAAGUGGUUGUCCAGAACAGAAUAUGUUUAGAACAUCUCCCAAUGUCAUACUGACCCAAUACUUGGAUACUCUUGGGAAAUGGGAGACUGUUGGUGCGGAGAAAAGAAAGCAAGCUAUUAGACAUAUUACUGAAGGGUAUAAUACACAGAUUACGUACCUUAAUCCUGAUGGUUCUUUCCUGGGAAAUACAUGGUUGACUGCGUAUGUAAUGAAAAUUUUCGCAAUGGCCUCCAAUGUAGUACCAAUUAACAACAUGUUGAUAUGUAACAGUGCUAAAUGGUUGAUUGACAAACAAACUAAAAAUGGAGACUUUCCAGAGAAGGAAAGUCUUUUCUCACGGAGACUGCAGGGUGGUUAUUUUGAGUCAGAUGCUUCUAGCUCCCUCGCAGCAUUUGUUCUUAUUGCCCUUUCUGAAGUUGAAAGCAAAUGUAAUAAUUCGGAUAUUAUGAAAGCAAUUAAAAAGGCUGAGAGAUAUUUGGAAGUUCAGUUACCAAACCUGAAAGACACAUACAGUGUUGUCAUAUCUUCAUAUGCACUUGCUUUAGUCAGCAAUACAAAAGAUUCCAACAAGAUUGACCAGUUUGCAGAUAAAGACAAAACUUUUUGGCCAGUUAACAAUGAUCCUGCCUCUUUGUAUACGGUGGAAGCCACUGGCUAUGCUCUUCUUCAGAAGCUGAAACUCAAGAAGUAUGAGGAAAGUCAUCAAAUCGCUAAGUGGCUAGUGGAGCAAAGACAUUUUGGAGGAGGAUAUCAAUCUACCCAGGCCACGGUUGUUGCCAUGCAGGCACUGGCACAAUACAAAAUUGAUAUCAAAACCGAAGAAAAUGUCAACUUAAAUGUUAAGCUUUUCAUAGAGGGAAGGUCAAAUCCUGUGUCAUUUACUAUUACAAACGAAAAUGCGUAUUUGGAAAGGACAGUCAAGGCAUCAGCAAAUAAAGAACUGAAAAUAAAUUCAACAGGAACUGGCAAAGGAACCAUAACAGUAAUGACUGUUUAUUAUUCCUUUCUGAGUGAUGAAGAGCAAUGCAAUGGCUUUAAUCUCCAUGCACAGGUGGAAGAAAUAAAGGAGGGGACCUAUAGACUUAUUAUACGAGCAAGGUAUACUGGCUCUGUGCCUGCUACCAUGUCAAUCAUUGAAGUAACUAUGCUGACAGGUUUUAAAGCAAACAUCGAUGAUUUAAAUAAGCUAAAAGGCAGCAUUGAAAAUUAUAUAAUGGACUUUCAGGCAAAUACAAUCAAUGGAUCAAUCAUAAUCUACUUAAAGGAGGUUUCCAACACAGAGGAUGUGGUCAUUGGGUUUUUAAUACAGCAAGAACUUAACGUUGGUCUUCUUCAACCGGCCGACAUCACCAUAUAUGAGUAUUAUGAACUUGCCAGAAGAUGCAGCACUUUCUACAAUAUACCUGAUGAGAGUGAUCAGCUAAGGAAAUUGUGCAAAGGAUCUGCAUGUAAAUGUGCCGUAGGGAAUUGUGGAGCCCUGACAAAAAUCACCAGUGAUAUUACCACUGAUCGUUUAAGUGAGAAUGCAUGUGCUAUUGGAGUGGACAGUGUCUUUAAGGUGCUUAUCACAUCUUCAGAGAGGAAAGCCAGUUACGAUUACCAUAAUGCUACCAUCUUGGACGUCAUCAAAGAAGGAUCUGAUGCACUGGAUCCCAGAUCUCAAAAUAACAAAAGGCAAUUCAUUUCUCACAUGGCAUGUACCGAUUCACUUCAUAUUAAGACCAACACUCAGUAUCUUAUCGUGAAUUACUAUUCUGAUCUGUGGGAAUCAGAGAGAGUUUAUUUGUUUAGCAACCAAACCUUCUUCGUUCUCUGGCCAGAAGACGGCGCUUUCACUCAAAUCUUGAACAGUUUUUCAGAUGACAUGAAGACUGCAGGAUGCAAAACAUAAAAUGUCAAACACUU